AUGACUAGUUACGAAAAUGGUUUGGAAGCUGAACAAGAAGAUACAAAAUCCUUAUCUUCUGAACAUGAAGUAGACCCUGCUGGGGGAACACGUUUGGAAGAGACAAAUGAUGAAGAUGUACCAGAAGACAAUGUUGAAUGUGGCAUUACUGAAGAAUGGAUUGAACCUGAUUUUGCGCAAUUGAGGAGCUUGCUUCAAUUUUUGGAUAUUGACAAAGAACCAGAACAUAUUCAGUUUUCGGACUUCGAAGGGAAGGAGUUUGUAAGUAUUGAACAAGCAGAAUCUUUUUAUUUUUUGUACGGAAAGCCAUUAGUAAUACUACUUGGGUCUAAUAAUCAUGACAAAACGUGUGUGUUUGGAGCUGCACUCCUUGAUAAUGAGACUUUGACCACAUAUGAUUGGGUAUUGGAAACAUUUUUAGAGUGCAUGGGUGGUAAGAUGCCGUCAGCAGUUUUGACAGACGGUUGCAAAGCAAUGAACAAAGCACUGGAUAAUAUUAUGCCUGGUGUUCCACAUCGUAUUUGCUCGUGGCACAUACUAAAAAAUGCAAUGCACCAUGUACACAAUAUAGCAUUCCAUCAAGAAUUGAAGAAAUUUAUUUUCAGAUAUUACAAGGAGGAAGAAUGGGAGUAUAAUUGGAAAGUGACUGUGAAUAAAUAUAGAUUGAUAGGAAAUGCAUGGGUGGAAGCACAAUAUGGCACAAGAAAGCAGUGGACAGAUACUUUUCUUCGUGGUAUUUAUUUUGGUGGAGCUACUGCUACCGGUAGAUGCGAAUCUAUGAAUGCAUUCUUGAAAAGAGAUUUGCAAAAUAAAAUACCAUUGUGGAUGUUUAUACGACACUUUGACCAUGCUUUAUCUAUGUUACGUUACAAGAAGAUGAAAGAACACUACAAAACUAAUUUGACUGAACCGGUUUUGAACCAGACAACUAUGCCGUGUGUGGAGGAUGAAAUUUCUUCAAUUUUCACAAGGGAAAUUUUUACAAUGAUAAGAAAGGAGAUACGGCGUGGCGAUAAUUAUAUUGUCCUAAAGGAUGAUAAGAUACCAGGUUACACUCUUUGUUUGAAUUUGGAGAGAAGAAGUUUGCCAAUUUGUUUGGUAAAUAGACGUUGGCUAAAAGAUGCUAAAGAAGUUCAACUGUUAACUCAAGGUAAUGAAAGAAAGUGUCCUGAUCCUGAAGUUAUUGAAAAUUCUAGGUACGGUGGUGUAACCACACAAACUACUAUCACGUCGUACCUUGCUACAAGAUCGCGAGAAGCAUUUCAAAAGGCUAUGAAAGUUAUAUCAGAGUUGAAUGCAGAAUUGGAAAAAAUACCACCAGAUGAAGAGUUAAAACAUCCUCAAAGUGAUGAAGGAGUAUUUCCUAAUAAUAUUUUGGACUCUCAGAUUAAAAAAACAAAAGGCAGAACAACUAUAGCUAGUUUGUCGAAAUCAUUCUCUGGAGGUACAAAGAAGAGAAAACCAAAAAAAUCGCUAUUACAUUGCAAGUAUUGUGGUGAGGUUGGACAUGAUUCAAGGAAUUGUCCUAUGCAGCCAAAGUCCACUACAAAGAAAAAUGGUCAUUGGAAGAAUAAGAAGAAAAAAAUCAAUCCAUGA